AUGCCUUCUAACUCGUUCGAGGAUAGUACCUCUGAAUUUCAGCAUAGAGCGGUUCAAGAAUUAACUUCGCAGAUUGUCAACUACUUGGAUGCCGCAGGGACCGCCGUAGACGGCGUUAACUCACAUAUGAUUAACAAUAACAACGCGGAUUUCGCAGCUCCUGUGGCUGCACCGUCGUAUUACUGUGUGUUGGUGUAUGUCGAUGGUAUGCCGUUCAGCUACCAGCUACUUGAACAUGACUUGAGGAAGGUCUUUGGUAUGUAUGGUAGAGUAGAAGAUGUGGAGAUUUGCCCGGAAGGCGAGUCGGCAGUAGUUCGCUACCUGACCUGGGACGAUGCGGCUAAGGCUGUUAAAACGUUGCAUAACAAAGUCCUAAAUGGUGUGCGGGGGAGGCUGUGUGUUGAAUGGUGA